CUGCGAGGAAGCUCAUUAGAGCGUAGCCGGAAAGGAGAAGUUGAGAUUACAAACAUCUUGCUAGAAUGAUUUCUUCAAAGCCCAGACUUGUCAUACCUUAUGGCCUCAAGACUCUGCUUGAGGGAGUUAGCAGAGCCAUUCUCAAAACCAAUCCACCAAACAUCACCCAGUUUGCAGCAGUUUAUUUCAAAGAACUUAUUGUAUUUAGAGAAGGAAAUAAUUCUCUGGAUAUAAAAGAUCUGGUUAAACAAUUUCAUCAGACUAAAGUGGAGAAGUGGUCAGAAGGAAGGGCACAAGAGAAGAAACUAGAAGGUGUGAAAGAACCAGAAAGAACACCUGUGGUUUCCCAGGAACCUAAACGGAUGGAAAAAUCUACGGACACAGAGGAGGACAACAUCACAUUACCGCAGUUUAGCAACAAAACCACUCAGUUCCCAUCAGUUCACGCUGAGCUGCUCUCAGACCCUGAGGACGCGACAGAAGUAGCUCACGGUCCUUCGAAACCGACCACCCCGAAGAAUGCCACCCCACCCUCAUCACCGCCGCCAGCAGCCGUGUCACCUGAGUUUGCCUAUGUCCCCGCUGACCCGGCUCAGUUUGCUGCCCAGAUGUUAGGUAAUGUUUCACCUGUUCAUUCUGAUCAAUCUGACAUUUUAAUGGUGGAUGUGGCAACAAGUAUGCCUGUUCUUUCCGAGGAGAUGCUGAGCUCAGAGGUUGCUGAAGAUACCGUGGUGGCCACUCCUACUGUGUACUCUCGAGGGAUGGUGGCGCUGCAGGUUCUGAGCCAAACAUCUGUCCGUGUAGAUUUGGGUUCUGACACUACAGACGAUAAGGCUGAAUCACCAACGGCUUCCUCCUUCCCCUUGCAGGUUGAACAAGAACCUCCUGUUUAUGAUCAAGCUCCUGAGGUCCCUUUGCAGGCUGACAUUGAGGUGACAUCCACCAUGCACAUAGCAUCUAUCUAUAAGGAUGAGCCUGUGAUCGAAGGAGUUCCUUAUGUCGAGCAAACACCAGAACACAUAGUUACCCCUUUUUCUGAUCACGUGGCUCGUCCAAAAGGAAACGAGCAGUCACCACCUCUCAGUCCCAUACUUGCAGUAGGCAAGACAGCCUCGGGUGUGUCUGAAAAAUCUUGGGGUUCCACAAAAUUUGUGCAGUUGGAGAGCGCCAAAGAUGACUCCUCAGUGGAGUCAUACGUGGAGGCAGACGGCGCUACUAAAGCAGUGAGCGCUGAGAACUCCAUGCACCUGGAAGUGGAGAUCUCUGCGCUCGUCCCUGGCAGCACCGGGCAGGAGGAGUCGUGGGCCAACCCCGCAGCCCAGGAGACGGAGGUCAAACCUGCGUUCUCGGGGGAGCUGCCGCAGUAGUGCACUCAGGCGCAUCUGUAAGAUCAUCUAGUGGCCCCCGCCUUCCUGUUCCCGAAGGGCUUAAUGAACCAGAAAUGGAACCAGAAUGGGAGGCAGCACCUGGACAAGGUUUGAUGGAGCCAGCAAUAGCAGCAGGCGAAGCAGGACAGCCACCACCAUAUUCUAACACGUGGACCCUUUAUUGUCUAACUGACAUGAAUCAGCCAAGUCGCCCUUCACCGCCACCUGCACCUGGGCCUUUCCCCCACGCAGCCCUCUAUUUAUCUAACUCUAAGGAUCCACAGUUUCUGCAGCAUCCACCGAAAGUUACUUCUCCAACUUAUGUGAUGGUGGACGACAGCAAGAAGACCGGUGCCCCGCCCUUUAUUUUGGUAGGCUCCACCGUUCAGGAGGCACAGGAUUGGAAACCUGUCCCUGGACAUGCUAUUGGUUCUCAGCCAGAUGCCUUGAAGAGAUACGCUGCAGUACAAGUGCCCAUUGCUGUUCCUGCAGAUCCGAAAUUCCAGAAACAUACCCCAAACUCCCAGAAUGCUAGUCCUCCUCCAAGUGGACACGAUGUCCCCAGACCACAAAGCCCAGUUUUCCUUUCUGUUGCUUUCCCGGUAGAAGAUGUAGCCAAAAAGGGUUCAGGAUCUGGUGACAAACGUACUCCCUUUGGAAGUUACGGUAUUGCUGGAGAAAUAACCGUGACUACUGCUCAUGUUCGCAGAGCAGAAACAUAAAACUGGCAGAUGCCGAACACGACACUGUUUGAGUCGACGUUCAAGGUGGAGUUCGCCACCAAGCGUAAUAUAUCAAUAAACUUCAUGCAAGCAU